AUGUCAGCUGACAAGACUGUGGCGUACGAUCCGAACGAGGUGGACGACAUCGAUCGGCCGACGGACAAGUUCGGCGGCGCGACAUACGACAAGCUGGUGGCGUUCAAGACAAGCGGGACAGAGGCCGAACUCGCGUUUCCGGCCAAUCUCAAGCCUGGCGAGCGGAGGCGUGUCCACGCCAUCGCAGAGUCGCUCUGCCUUGGCCACGAGUCGCGCGGCAAGAAGCCGAACAGGCGGAUCGUGGUCACACACGGCGCAGCGGGCGAGAGCGACGGCGGCGCAACCGUGUUUGAGAGCGUGUCACUGACUCGGGCCCGGUACGUGGCACUCGAGGGCCCGGCGGUCAAUCGGGCGGCGGUGCGGGCGGCGACAGUAGCGCAGGAGACCGGGCUGCUGUCGGCGGCGGCGGCGGCGGCCCGUGCCAAGCGCGACGGCCCUGCCUACCACAUCACGCUCCUCUCCAAGGCCGACACCGAAGCCGCUGUGGCUCUCGUCCGCGAAAAGGCCGACAGCGAGCUUGCGUGGCAUGAUGCUAUGGCCGCUGUUCUGGACAAGCUGACAGGCCGCGCCGAGCCGGCCGACCUCGCGUCUGCGCCUGACCCGGAGCUCGAAGGCAUCGACGUCGACUGCGUCCUCGCCGACGACUGGAUGCCGCGUGGCAUCGGCAAGGCGUGCGAGGCAGACAACACGACCUGGUUCCUUGUCCUCGAUUGGCCAUCAGCCAACGACGCGCUCGCCCGCCUCGGCUUUCCCGCGCACGACUUUCACAUCACCCUCGGCUUUGCCGACAAGGACGUCCACGGUGUGACCAAAGACGCGUCAACCAUCCAAGUCGAGCUCGACGCCGACGAGAUUCUCGCCUAAACUCGACUCAAAGCGC